UAGGGAGCCGUUGUAGAGGCGGGCUUACUUUUGCUAAUAUUACUGACCUCCCUCCAUAACAAUAACAACGUUAUCCUCCUCCGCACUAAUUCUCUUUCUUACCACUGCCAAGUAAGAUAACCUAGACGAAGGAAAUUUGUUUGGCAUGGAUACAUUACCAGACAUUCAAGUGAUAUCAAGUGAUGGACAGCAGCAGCUUGAUUGGGGGAGGAAUCGACCCAUCACCUUUGAAGACCUAGGAAUACCACGUGUUAAUGCUAUGCGAACCACAGUGUUUGGAAAUAUCCGAACUUGCCAAAGUCUCAUUCUUCUUGAGUGGAUCCUUCUUGUUGGUGGCCUCACUUCAGCGCUAAUUACAAUUGCCUUGGCAUUAUACAGACUCUGGUUCUCUAAGCCUGGGGAAGCAGACUAUGUGUUUGCAAUACUGCUUGUUUUCCAUUCCGCAUUCUGCAUACUAUACAUUUUUGAUGGCGUGUUCCGAGAGCAGGCGUUUGAAGUUCUGGCAUUUGUUGCUUCAUGUGGAUUCUUGAUUGUCUACAUAGUUGUGAACUUUGCCAGUGCAUCAUCUUCAUCAUCUGAUAUCUUCAAAUUGGUGCGACUGGUAUUAACUAUUGUCUUUGGAACCAGUAUGGGAGCAGUUGGUUUAGUUCUUGGAUUUCGUUAUUGGCAGUCUGCAAAUCUCAUCUUCAGAACAGUUGGGGCAGAUACCUCAAUCCAAGCUAUGUGUAAAACACUCUUCACAACCAUUACCCUUAUUCUUUUUGAUGCACAGAUUGUAGGUAGUGUAAUCAUUCUGGCACUGCGGCACAGCAUCACCAAGCUGAGUCUACAGGAGAUUCUGACUCUCACCAUUGGACCACCACUGCUUCUGGCUUGGGCUGUCUUUGCAUAUUUAGGGCUUCGGUUGGAGAGCAGAUAUUUCUUCAGUUUGACAAUGACCUUGAGUCCCUGCCACAUAGCCUAUGUCCUCUUUGCAAUCAUUCAAACUGCCUUGAAUCAUGAAGAACAUGUAGAAAUUCGAAUAGCAUACUGUCGAUAUGCUGCUAGUGCUGGGAGCUUGGUGGUGCACACUGUCUUGAUAAUCUUCUUAGCGAGAUGUUACAGAAACUUUGGAAUGGGACUGAAAGAAAAAGUUUAUCCACGGCAGAUAAGUAACAGCACGUCACAGUCAAGACUUGUUCAAUAAACGGUGAAGGAUAACCGAUGCUCAGAACUAGUCUUGUAUAGGUUGUAUGGUCAGACUUCUGAUCCUACCAUGAGAGGUUAUUGUGCUAUUGUGAUUUUAUAUAUUUAUAUUUUCAUAGUCUUCAUUUUAUAAAAGUUUUAUUGAAUCUUUUACUGUGAGCUGUAUGAUGUAUACUUCACUGUGGAAGUGUCUAAUUUUCUCUCUGUGCUUUAAUUCCUUAUGUAUGUGUAUGAAUGAUAAGAAUGAAUUAAUUGACAUUACAUUGUGUGAUAGUGCUGUAGGUGUAGAAGGAUGACUUUGCACACUCAGUAAUUCUACUGAAAGGUUCUUUUAUUGCAUGUCAGUUACCAUCCAUUCAUGUGUAAUUAUAAGUAAAAUUCUCAACUAAUUAGAAUUUGGAAAGUGGGCCUGUAAAGGGGGAAGCACAUAUUUUUAUUUGAAACAAGACACUGAAGUAUUUGAGAAUGUGAGACCUGCUUAAGGUGCUUCUGUGUUUCAAGUCAAAGAGGCUUAGUGAGGAAAUAUAAGGUAUUUGUACGUAAUGUAAAAUAAUUAUAUUGUGUUAAUUUUUAUUUUGUUCUAUCAUAUGGGUGUGAUCUGGAAAUGUAAAAUAGUUUUUUUAUAUACUCUUCUUAAAAUAAAUGUGAAUGUGAUUAGAAGGGCUACAUAUACUAUCUAUAUAAUAAUGUAAACUGCUUUCUUGUGAUAUGUAAAGUAAAGGUUGUAUGUAGUUGUGCUGUGUUGAGAACAGUGCCCCGCCUUGCUACUAGCGGGGAGGGACCAAGCAGGCCAUUACAUGUCCACACACUAAGGACUGAACAUUAUGAAAUACUCAGUAAAUGUUUAUUGACUACUG